GCUUUUCCAGCCAUUCAGUCUUAAGAGCAUCUCCAAAAAUGAACUCUAUUUUGAAGUUUUCAAAACUCUAUAUUUGAAGUUUAAAGGUGUUUUUAUCCAAAAGCAAAACUUCAAACAUAAAUUCAAAACUAUUUGUAUUUUAUAAUAUGGUCCUUAUAUUUUUCAUAAAUAAUUUAAAUUCAUAAAACUUUUGUAAAUAACUAGCACAUAUAUAAACAUAUUACAACAAUAUUAAUUAACAAAAUAUUAUAUUAAAAUAUAAAAUUUUAAACAAAAUAACUUAAUUAAUAUUAUACUUCAAGCAAAAUACCAUAUUAUUCCAUAAAGUGAUUUUUGUAAUGCAUAUAUAAUCUACUAGUGCAUUUCGAAGUAAAAAUAGCUCUCCUCAUUUUUAAUUUGUAGAUUAGUGAUAAAAAUUGUUGAAAUCGGAAGAUAUUAAUACUUGUAAAUACAUUAGAUCAUAACAAGAAAGUAAAAGAGAAACAUAAAAUAUUACUAACAGUCUAAUUUUUAUCGAUGAUAUUAAUAUUCGUGAAUAUAUUCAAUAUGAACAAGAAAUAAUUGUACGAAAAUACAUCAUCAACAACAACAACCAUCUUAAAUUACACCAAAACAAAUUAGACAAUAUUUGGAAAUUUUGAAGGUUUCGGAUCAAACUUACUUGACUAUUUUUUUUUUUUUGAUGAAAUUUUAAAUUUAUUGAUCAUCGCAAAAGAAUGUAUGUACAAGACCUAAAGCUUUUUAGGUUUUAAAGAAUAGAGACAAAACUUAGAAAAAUUAAAGAAUAUGUGCUUCAAACCAUCUUCUCAUCAGACCUUGUAGCCUUGGCUCCAGAGCAUAUCCAGUGGAAGUGAUACGGUUCCUGACCGUUUUAUCAAUCAGUUUAGAAACAUGAUUGACAGGUCGGGCUGAGUUAUUGUGCUUGCGGUCAUUCCGCUCGCGCCAUAUAUAGUAGAUCGUAACCUGCAACACAAGCCGCAAUAGUAUGAACGUCAACAUGUCAAAAGAUCCCAUGAGAAGAUGCGCCAUAGUUGUAUCCCAGUCGGGAUCAGGUUCUUGUCCAAACAGGUUCCCAACCACCUUAAUCCAGAGCGUGAAAGUGUAGGGACACGCAAAAAAUAAGUGAUCUCUUGUCUCGUUAGGCUCACCACAGAAGAGACAACCUUGAGGAUGGCCCCAUUGACUCGUACGAUGGCCAGUUGAGAGUCGAUUCCUGAUAGCUAACCAAGUGAUGAAAGCAAACCGCGGUACACCCUGUGGGAACCAGACCAGCUUGCUCCAGACCACAUUCUCCUUGCGACAUCUAGUGAGAUCCCAAGUAGCCUUAGAUACAAACCGCUCUCCGUAGGUGUUUCCCCAUUCCUCCAUUGAACUCCAUCUCGUACAUUUUCCACCAAGCUGACCGGAAAAGCUCGAAUGUCAAGAAUUAAGUUUUGGAUACGUUGGUCACGACAACGGCGAAAUCACCAGUCUCCAUCAAGAAAGACUUCACAAAUCUUGGCAUCUCUUCUUAUACCCAAUUUUUGUGUACCUAGCUCCCCAACAAUAUCAAUGAGCCGGCCACACGGGUGCCACAGAUCAGUCCAGAAUCUCACGUCGAGUCCAUCAUGAAUAUUCAUACGAAUAAACUGCUUAGCAAGAGGGCGGUACCUCAGAAGCUUCCUCCAAGCCCAAGAGCCUAUCACCGUGUCCUUUGCAUCCCAGAAAGUCUCAUGUUUCAACAGGUUCUGCUUCACCCAAACUUACUUGACUAUUAGUGUUGUUGUAAUAUUUAAAUAUGUGUAAUAAUUAUGUCUAUGUAAUUUUUUAAAAGUUUUCUUGUUAAGUUUUUUUUUUGUAUAUUUUUGUAUAUUUUUGUUAUCUAAAUCUAGUUUUAAAUAUUUUAAAUCUUCUUUUAAAGUUUUAUUUAAUUUUAUGUGUAAACUUAAAUCUUCUAAACAAAACUUGAAAUAUUUAUGAGAUAUAAUUUUUAUAAGGAUUAAAAUAAUAAACAAGAAAAUAUUUAUGAAUUAUAAAUGUGAUGUGUAAUUGUAGGGACCAAAAUACAAAUAAAAAUAUGAAACUUCAAAUUUGAAGUUUUGAAAUUCCUUUUUGGAGAGCAAAAAACUUCAUAUUUGAAGUUAUAGACUGUCUUUUGGAAAUGCUCUAACAUCUUGAAAUUUUCGUUGGUGCAAUGGUGCAAUUAGAGAAGCAUUAUCGCAUGGUUUUAGGAGGGUUUUUACCCAAAAAGCAGGGCAUGGACCACCACAAAAAAGAAGAAACGAGUGGCAAAAGUCGCAGGAGAAGAAACGUUUGUUCAUGGUGUUUUUACUGUUUGCGGGCUCCACUGACACGUGGCGGCCCGCGAUAGAUUCACUUUUUAUUUAUUUUUAUUUUUUUAAUCAGACAAAAAAAAAUUAAAAAAAAAAUAAGAAACCUAAUUGGGUUUGUGGUAUAAAGAUGCUCUUAGGACAUGAUUAACCUCAGUCUCUUAGCCGGGAUUCUUAACUUAUGAUUUGACAUUUUUUUAUAAUUAUUUUUUUUUACACUUUUCAGCUAAGAAACGGCUCUUAUAUUUCUUAUCUAAGAGAAGGUUCUUAUUUUUUCUUACUUAAAAUCUAAAAAAAUAUUGAGAACCAUCUCUUAUCCGAAGCUAAGAACUCCAGUUAAGAGACUGAGGUUAAUGAUGGUCUAAGAAUCUAAUGCUAAAGAGAAAAUUAGCGAAGACUUACAAUAUAUAAUAAUUAAGGGGAAAACUAAUCGAUGCUGACAUUAAGUAUUCAAAUGUUUGAUCAACGUCUAACAACGUUUUUAUACUUGUGAAAGGUAUUAUACAUGACAUACGCCACUAGAAGAAAACCUAAUCGUAUAUAAAUCCACCCUAGCCAUAGGAAAUCUAUAUAUGACAUAACUCAAAUCAAAACGUUUACUCUCGAAAAUUUCAUCAACGUGAUGACCAAAAACAAACGUUCACUCCCUUUCUCUUCAGAUCAGUUAUUUACUUAUCCAAUGGAUCCAACGGCCGUGCCACCUGACUCCAACCAGUGGCUACCGGCCACAGAUAGGAUCGGUGGAUUCGCUCAGGGGCUCGUUGUCGCCAUUGGUAUACUUCUUCUAAUUACCACAAUCACCAUCACUUCUUAUUGUUUAACUCGAAGCCAUAUCUUCGCAUCUUCCCCGAGGACAAUAAGACGCCGGCAAAGACAAACCGAUGCAACUUCAGGAAAUGGCGAUGAACGGUUUCACUUCGACGGCGAUGAUCAAAACGACACCGUGGUGGUCGAAGUCUUAGGGCUAGACGAUGAGGUUAUCAAGAACUUCCCUAAGCUUCCUUACGAAGAGGCUCGUGUGGGUUAUAGCUUGCAAAGGGAUGCCACUGCGACGUCAUGUUGUUCUAUAUGUCUUGCGGAUUACAAGAAGACAGAUAUGAUUAGGGUUUUGCCGGAUUGUAACCAUUUGUUCCACGACAAGUGCGUUGACCCUUGGCUCAUGAUUCAUCCUACGUGUCCAGUUUGCCGUACGUCUCCAUUGCCGUCUCCGGCGAAGACACCAGUCGCCGACGCUGUUAUCGGUCGAUAGAUCUUUGACUUCGUGUCUUUUCUUUAUUUACUAUAUUUCUAUUUCUGUUGACAUUCUAUACC